AUGGAGGAUUCCGUCGUACGGAACGUCUCAAUUCAUGACAUCCUCAACAGCAAGUCUAAUCUCCCGUUCACAACCAGAUCAGCCUGGCAACAGAUCCAACACGACUGUCCCGACCUUCGUAGAGUACACGCCCACCUUAAUCGAGGCACACGCCCGUCCAAGAAGCUUAGAACAAAAACAAGAACCCAGUCGCCGAGAAGGCUGUCCGUGAACUUGAGGAAGAGCUCAUCAGACAAGAGCCCGAUGGCAGACCGGUAAGUGCAGUUGGCCUUGCUCUCGCCACUGCCCGUAUUAACUCCCGUCUUCGCCUUCCUGGCCUAUCAUCUCGCGAGUUGUGGAGUCAACGCAAUCAGUUCACGCACGAACAUUUGCCGUUGCUGAUUACGACCUCAUACUUGGUAGACACGAGCAACGUUCCACUAACUAUGCCUCCAGUUAG